AUGGACGGUCUUCGGUCUGAUGGCACGUAUGCAGUGAUAGCCAAAGCAUGGCAUCACCUGGCAUCGAAGGCCUAUAAAGUGUCAUGGGAUACCCUCAACUUCUCGGCACCUACCUUGAACUGGCCCUUUGCAAGUCCUGGUUCAGCCUGGUUGUCCAAGAUGAGAACCCAAUCAAUUCUACUCUAUUCGUUGUCUGCACUCUUUGGCAAUGUUCAAGAAGCGUGCGACACAGCUUGUCAGGCUGCCUUUGGGCAGGUCCGAGCUAUCGAAGCCGCCUCUUGGGUCUCCCAGAAUGUAACGGCAGACACUUUCUACAGCACUCCUGCGAACGCCACUGGAGCGAAUCCUGGUGACCUACUGCGAUGGGAAGACUUAUCAUGCGAAGUCGUGAACACCAACUUCACACCACCUGCUGGAAUGUCUAUUUCCCGAUUCCUUUACAUGACUGAGGAUAUCGACCGGAAGCCAAUCCCAGCCAGUGCCUUUGUGCUACUUCCCUACAAUAAGCCGGAUCCCAACAAGCCAUUCAACACUGCGGUAUGGACUCACGGAACAGCUGGACGUAUUCGCAACUGUGCACCCUCAAACCACAAGGAUCUGUACUAUGAGUGGCAGGGCCCAUACGCUCUGGCAACGGCUGGAUAUGCGGUCAUUGCACCUGACUACGCCGGUCAAGGGUCGGACAUACCCCAAGGCUUCAUGUACGAAGCAGGCUACUUGCAUGCUGCGGACGUUGCCUAUGGUCUGAUCGCCGCUCGCAAGGUUAUCGGUGAACUUCUUUCACAAGAAUGGGUAGUCGUAGGGCACAGCGAGGGUGGAAUGACCGCAUGGCGUACCAACGAACGGUUAGCGAUGCCAGAUCAAGACGAGCUUCUCAAGGCUGGCAAGUUCCUGGGUGCGGUAGCCAACUCGCCAGCAUUGCGUCCGUUGGAUCUCAUCCCAGAAUCUAUUCGACGUGCGGCUGGUGGUCCGGUUGGCGAUGCUGUUUCUGUCUUCUUUUUGCAAUCGCUUGCACUACUCUUUCCAGAUCAGAUCCGGUUGGAAGACUAUGUCACAGACACAGUCCUCGGCCGUAUCUCUCUCCUGGACCAAGGAUGCCUGCUCGGUGGGCGAGCUUUGUUCGCGAAUCUUACAAAGGACGAACUGUUCAAGGACCUCAGCUGGCUUGAACAUCCUGCUGUAGUCGAUUGGCAGAAACGUUACAACGGUGCUGGCCCACAUGCUCUGGCUGCACCCAUGUUAGUAGUACAGGGAGUCGCUGACCCGCUCACCUACGCCUAUAAUACAGAGUGGGACUUCAAUCAAACGUGCAACGCGUUUUCCAAGUCCAGAGCCACGCUGCUGCUGUACCCGGAAGCCAACCACAACGUGGCAGCUCAGGUACCGCAGUUCGACUUCCUCAGAUGGAUCAAGGAUAGAUUCGAUGGCGUUGAGGUCCCCGAGGGUUGCGCGAUCAGAACCGCUGAGCCUGCAACGACUCGCUUCAGGAACGCUGGCGCCUUCUAUUCCGGCACCGGCGGUGGUUGA